AUGAGCUCUUAUUUCGUCAACUCACUGUUCUCCAAAUACAAAACCGGGGAGUCCCUGCGCCCCAAUUACUAUGACUGCGGCUUCGCCCAGGACCUGGGCGGCCGACCCACCGUGGUGUACGGUCCCAGCAGCGGCGGCAGCUUCCAGCACCCGUCGCAAAUCCAGGAGUUCUACCACGGGCCAUCGUCGCUGUCCACGGCUCCCUACCAGCAGAACCCGUGUGCCGUGGCGUGCCACGGGGACCCCGGCAACUUCUACGGCUACGACCCGCUGCAGCGCCAGAGCCUGUUCGGUGCGCAGGAUCCAGACCUGGUGCAGUACGCAGACUGCAAGCUCGCGGCCGCCAGCGGCCUGGGCGAGGAGGCCGAGGGGUCUGAGCAGAGCCCGUCGCCCACACAGCUCUUUCCCUGGAUGCGCCCUCAAGCAGCCGCCGGACGCAGGCGAGGCCGCCAGACCUACAGCCGCUACCAGACCCUGGAGCUGGAGAAGGAGUUCCUAUUUAAUCCCUAUCUGACUCGCAAGCGGAGGAUCGAGGUAUCGCACGCGCUGGGACUAACAGAGAGACAGGUCAAAAUCUGGUUCCAGAACCGGAGGAUGAAGUGGAAAAAAGAGAAUAACAAAGACAAGUUCCCCAGCAGUAAGUGCGAGCAGGAGGAGCUGGAGAAAGAGAAGCUGGAGCGGGCGCCGGAGACCGCCGCCGAGCAGGGCGAUGCGCAGAAGGCCGACAAGAAGUAG